ACCAACACCUUUCCUCCGUAUCUUUCACGACCUCUUCACUUUUGCUAAGAUGUCGUCUCUCAAGCCCACCAACAUUGACGAGCUCUCCGUCGCGACCAUCCGAUGCCUCGCGGCUGACGUUGUCGCCAAGGCCAACUCGGGCCACCCCGGCAUGCCCAUGGGCAUGGCACCCAUCUCGCAGGUCCUCUUCUCCAAGCUCUUCCGUACCUCCGGAGCUGGCAAGACCCCUUGGAUCAACAGGGACCGCUUCGUGUUGAGCAAUGGCCACGGCUGUGCCCUGCAGUACAUCAUUGCCCACCUCCUGGGCUACGAGCUGUCCAUGGAAGACCUCAAGGAAUUCCGUCAGCUCGACUCCAAGACCCCUGGUCACCCCGAAGCCGGACAUGACACCCCCAUGGUCGAGUGCACAACUGGCCCCCUUGGACAGGGCAUCAGCAACGCCGUAGGUCUUGCCAUUGCUCAGGCCAACGCUGCAGCUACGUUCAACAAGGAGGGUCUUGAGCUCUUCAACAACUUCACUUACUGCUUCCUCGGCGAUGGCUGCUUGAUGGAGGGCAUCUCGAGCGAGGCAUGCUCGCUCGCCGGUCACUUGAAGCUUGGCAACCUUAUCUGCGUGUACGACGACAACCACAUCUCCAUUGACGGCGACACUGCUUGCUCCUUCACCGAGGACGUCGAGCAGCGCUACCUCGCAUACGACUGGCACGUGCUCCACGUCAACGACGGUGACCGUGACCUUGCCGGCAUGGCCAAGGCUCUUGAGGAGGCCAAGAAGGUCACCGACAAGCCCACCAUCAUCCGUCUCAAGACCACCAUCGGCUACGGCUCCAAGAUCCAGGGCGGUGCCGGCACCCACGGCGCUCCCCUCAAGGCCGACGACAUCGAGCAGCUCAAGGAGAAGUUCGGCUUCGACCCCUCCAAGAAGUUCCACAUUCCCCAGGAGGUCUACGACUUCUGGCACCAGAUCCAGGAGCGUGGCGCCGGCUACCAGAAGGAGUGGGACCAGAUGUUCGAGCAGUACAAGUCUAAGUACCCCGCCGAGCACGCUGAGCUUUCGCGCCGAAUGGCGGGCAAGCUUCCCAACGGAUGGGAGAAGGCUCUCCCUACGUACUCGCCCUCCGACUCGGCCGUCGCUACCCGCAAGCUCUCCGAGACGCUCCUGUCCAAGGUCUCUGCUGCCGUGCCUGAGCUCCUCGGUGGCUCUGCCGACUUGACCGGCUCUAACCUUACCCGCUGGUCUGACGCCACCGACUUCCAGCACCCCUCGUCGCAAUUGGGCAACUACAGCGGUCGCUACAUCCGCUACGGUGUCCGUGAGCACGCUAUGGGCGCCAUCAUGAACGGUCUCCACGCCUACGGCUUGCACAUCCCCACCUCGGGCACUUUCCUCAACUUCGUCUCUUACGCCGUCGGAGCCGUCCGUCUCUCUGCCCUCUCCAACUUCCGCGCCAUCUGGGUCGCUACCCACGACUCGAUUGGUCUCGGUGAGGACGGACCCACUCAUCAGCCCAUCGAGACGGCCAUGGCCCUCCGUGCCAUCCCCAACCUCAACUUCAUGCGCCCUGCUGACGGUAACGAGGUUUCGGCCAUGUACAAGGUCGCCAUCGAGUCGGCCAAGACCCCCUCGGUCAUUGCCCUCUCGCGCCAGAACCUGCCCCAGCUCGAAGGCUCUACCAUCGAGAAGGCAGAGAAGGGUGGUUACGUCCUCAAGGAGGUUGAGAAUGCCGACGUCACCCUCGUCGCCACUGGUUCCGAGGUCGCCAUCGCCCGCGACGCCGCCGCUGAGCUCGAGAAGAAGGGCAUCAAGGCCCGCCUCGUAUCAAUGCCCUGCUUCCGCGUCUUCGACAUCCAGCCCAUGGAGUACCGCCGCUCCGUGCUGCCCAGCGGCCAGCCCAUCAUCUCACUCGAGGCUUACACCACCCUCGGCUGGCACAAGUACUCGCACGUCCAGCACGGCAUCAACCGAUUCGGUGCUUCUGCCCCUGCUCCUCAGGUCUACGAGAAGCUCCAGAUCGCUCCCAAGCCCUUCGCUGAGAAGGCCGAGAAGGUCAUUGCCUACUACAAGAAGGAGAAGAUCCCCCUUGUUUCGCCCAUUGAGCUCACCGCUGCUUUCGAGUAAACGUGGCGCAGCGUAGAGCGGUGCAAGCAAUAGACCGUCGUCGUUUGCGAGGUCGGCCGGCAUCGAUUGAGUUUCGCAUGGUUGCUCUUCCUCUCUUUGACUCUCAUUACUACUAGUCUCUCUGAUCCGUGAAAUACAGAAGCGUGCUAUCAAUCCAUUGCCACCGGCUGG